AAUGGAUUCGCCAAAGGAAUAGUAAAACCAUGAGCAUGUGACUUAAUAGGCUUAAACUCAUCUUAUCUAAUUGGAUGUAGAAGAAACAGUAACUGCUCCGGUCAAGAGGCCAGCGCCUAAAACUUUUGGGGAUUUAACAAUCAUAUUUAUUUUCGAAACUAUUGGGACAGGAUUAUUUGCUUAUGGAAUAGUGGCAUCAAAUGGAUCGGACGUUUUGAUUUCAGCUUAUUUGUAUGCAGCUAUAUUUUUGACUUGCAAAUUCACUGGAGGACAUGUUAAUCCAGCCGUGUCUUUCAGUUUUUAUUGUGAUGAUACUAUAAGUUCAUGGACAUUAAGAAUCUAUUGGAUUGCUCAAUUGUUGGGGGCUGUGGGAGGAGCUUGGGUGGCAUAUCUAAUUUUAGGUGUAGUGACAUCUCCGAGCAUAAAGAGUACAAAUAUAGAAUGGAUGUUGGCAGAUUUAUGUGGAGAAGUAUGAUUAAUUGUUAAUAAUCUUAAAAGGCUUUGGGGACGUUUAUGUUUGUGCUUUUUAUUCACAUACAAGUUCAUGAAUAGACGAGGUAGACGAAUAAUGACAUUGCAGGAAUACUUUGGAUUGCCUUGGCCCUGUUUUUCUCUAGACAACUGUCAUCCCAUACUGGAGGUAUAGUGUGAAUUAAAUUGUAAGGAUGUUUGAACCCAGCAAUGGGAGUUGGGUUAGAAUUAUUUGAAGCGUUUUGGUUGAAUGACACAACGAAGCUAGCCAACUUUUGGGUAUUUUUGUUUGCUCCUUUGUUUGGGGCAUACAUGGCAUCGACCUUUUAUAACUCGAUUUAUCUAUCCUUAAAAAAGUGAGAAU